CGUGUGGAGCGUGGGCACUCUCCCUAUGUACGGGCCUUGUCUUACACAAGGAUAUCUCGUCGCUCCACGAGUAUGAGAACACAUGCACACGCACAUAGAGUGAUCUAGCCAGAGAGAGAUGGCGGCCGGCGGCAUGAGCAGGGAGGCGAGGUGGAGCCUGGCCGGCGCGACGGCGCUCGUCACCGGCGGCAGCAAAGGGAUCGGCCACGCAAUCGUGGAGGAGCUGGCGGGGCACGGGGCGCGGGUGCACACGUGCGCCCGGAGCACGGCGGAGCUGGAGGAGUGCCGCUGCCGGUGGGAGGCCAAGGGGCUCCCGGUCACCGUCUCCGUCUGCGACGUCUCCCUGCGCGCCAGCAGGGAGCAGCUCGCGCAGACGGUCAAGCAAGUCUUCGACGGCAAGCUCGACAUAUUGGUGAACAACGCGGCGCAGGCUGUUGCCAAGGCGGCUGUGGAGUGCACAUCAGAGGAGUACACGCACCUCAUGGCGACCAACCUAGAGUCGUGCUUCCACCUGAGCCAGCUCACGCACCCCUUGCUCCUCGGGGCAUCCAUCGCUGGAGGAGGUAGCAUCGUCAACAUAUCCUCCCUUGGGGGCACACUUGGAUUCCCGGGCCUCGCGAUUUACAGUAUGACAAAAGGAGGAAUUAACCAGCUUACAAGGAGCCUUGCUACCGAAUGGGCUCAUAACAAGAUCCGGGUGAAUUGCGUCGCCCCGGGCGCGACCAAGAGUGACAUGUUAAACAGUGUUCCACCGGAAAUUAAAGAGAACGAGUUGGCAAAGAAUCCGAUGCGGCGGGCAGGCGAGCCAGAGGAGGUGGCUGCAGUGGUGUCGUUCCUCUGCAUGCCAGCGGCAUCCUUCGUCACCGGCCAAGUCAUCACCGUUGAUGGUGGUCGAACAAUUAGUGCGUAGUUAAUUAUUAAGAGGGUCUUAUCGAUUAAACUCUUCUGCAUGCAGAUUCAGUAAUAAAGUGGCAAGUAUUUAGCAUGCACCUGAGUGUUGUCCCCUAGUACAAUUAUUUUGCUACAUUGUUGUUAGUUUUUAAUGUAUUUCUAAAGUAGAUUUGUCUAUUUUACUAACUAAGCAAGCGUGGACGCACACAUGAUGCAUGAUUUUUGA